AUGCUAGGCACAUCCGUUCUCCUGCUCGCGCUCGCGGCGACGGGCCUCGCCCAAGGCACAGCCCCGGAGGGCUACCGCAAGGUGUACAUCUCGUCAAGUGUGAAUCCCAAGUUCGUCAUCGUGCCCAAGGCGCGCACCAGUGGCAGCACCGUCGUCGUCAAGACGCUCAACAAUAAGCCGGAGCAGCAGUGGUAUGUCACGGACGGCACCACCAAGAUCCAGCUCGUCGACAGCACGCUCUGCCUGGACGGAGGCCCCCAGAGCAACUGGAAGGACAUGGGCAACAUCUACGUCAACGAGUGCGCCAACGGCACGGACUCGCAGAACUGGGUCCUGCUCGGCGACGGCCGCAUCGCGCUCGAGCCCACCAACAAAAAGGAGUGCAUCGACCUUCAGUACAUGCGGGCCACCGAGAACAACCCGGUCGGACUGUACGGCUGCGCGGGGCUGGGCAACGCCGGGGCCGGGGACAAGGGAAUCAACUGGCCGUUCAUCAACGUCACGGAUAGUGCCUGA